AUGGCUCGCCAACGAGUGGGUCAAUCACGUCGCUUCAACCUGUUGGUUGCUAUUGCGACUGUCGUGCUGUGCUUCUUGCACCUGCCCAUCAACGGCUCGCAAACUCUAGCAGUACCAGGUUCAGGGACAGAAGCUCGUAGAGCAAGGCUAGAGAAAUUGAAGAUGAAAGAACUGAAGACAAAGCUGCGCGAGAAGGGUUUGAAGGUGUCAGGGCGAAAAGCAGACCUUGUGGAGCGAUUGAUGGAAGCGUUGCCGAAAAUGCGCAAAAUUCCACAAGCAGAGGAACCUGCAAUUUUCGAUACGGAUGUGUUCAUUCCUCUGCAGGAAACCAGUCAAAAGCUAGAAACUUUAUUGCAAGACAAAAGGGUGGUUUUUCUGCGUGCUGGUGUGGCUAGCGGCAAGUCUACAUUGGCGCAGCAUCUUUGUUCAGUGCAGCCGUCAAAGUACUUGCAAGUUUAUCCUCCUGCUUUUGAUAGUUUGACCUCUCAGCACUGGCAGAUAAAGUUCAGGGCAGCUUUGGAGAACGAGCCUUCCGGUCCUGAUGUAGCGAAACGAAGCAUCGAAGAUGCAGUCAAAUAUGUACAUGACAAUGAUCAGGUGCUGGUCUUUGAUGAAUGCCACUUGCUGUUUGCUUGCCCCGAGUUCUACCAGCAGUUCCUGAAAACGCCCCCGUAUCUGAAAAAGCGUCCAAUGGUUUUGCUAUUAUCUGCAGCAUCUGAAAUGCAAAGUGUGCAAGGACAGACCUUUACAACGCCAACGGAAAUUACUGCAAAGUACAUGUGGACGCCUCCAAUGCCAGAUGCCAAAGUGCUUGUUGAUCAACUUGCUGAUGCCAAUGUCUAUUUGUCUGAGGACGCAGUCCACUUUUUCCUUCAUUUAUGUGGAGGUCACAGAGGCAUUCUUAUGAGAGCCAUGGAAUGGGUGCAGAUGAAGCAGAAAGGCGCCGCUAAACCGUGGACCGUCGCACAAGCCUACGGCGAAGUCAAGAUGGCAUGGGAAGAUGGAGACUGGGGUUGCCCAGGCAGUUUUCUGGCAAACCUUGCAACUGUUCGCGCCAUUCGUGUAAACGGAAAUUAUGCAGAUCUUGCAAAUAUCCCACAAAAGUUUCUUGAGAUCUUAUGCGGUGGUGCCACCAGCAACUUGGAAUCGGAAGACCGUCGUAAUCUCACAAUCCAUGGUUUCUUGCUUCCAGUUGCUGCUAAAGGCAGUACUGAAGAGUUCUUGCGAUAUGAUUGGAGUGCGCAGGGGGCAAGUUACGGUGUUUCCUCCCACUUGUUGGCUUCUUAUUAUCGCUAUGUCCUAGAGAAGCGGUCUCCGCAGCUUGCAACCAUCACAGCUGCCAUUGCUGCCGCAAGACAAACCCCACCGGCUGUGCCGGGUGCAGCCCCGCAGCCAUUGGGUGGGCUAGCCGUGGGAGCUCCACCUGGACUUCCAGCCCAGGGUGCAGCGCCUGUUGCUUUGCCACCGGCGGCCCCUCCAGCACUGCCCACCACCCCAAUGCCAACUGCAGCGGUCCCUGGUCCCGUGGUGGCCACAGCCCCACCGCCCGCGCCAGCGCCCAACCCGCAGGCGGCGGCGAUUCUGGCGCAACUGGCUGCAGGAGCCACCGGCACAGGUGGAGCGGCAACCUCACAGUCUGCUGUCUUAGCCGCCCUGGCCCAAAAUGCCGCUGGCACGCAAGCACCAGCCGCCGCACCUCCCAAUCCCCAGGCAGUUGCACUGCUACAAGCUUUGGCUGGGGGUGCUACUGGAACUGCACCUGCUGCACCUGCUAUAGGCCCUUCACCACCUCCAUCAUCCACAUUGACCCCACAAGCGGCUGCUGUCAUUGCUGCGCUCGUGGCCAGGCAACAGCAACAGGCAUCACAAGCUGCAACUCCAGGCUUGCAAAGCUCACUGGCCCUCACCCCCCAACCAGCAACUGCCGCCCCAAAUGCCCCACCCACUGGAUCUGGACAGAUCGAUCUCUUUGCUCACUUAGCCGCCUCCGCACGCAUCAAUGCAGCCAUGAAUGCUGCCUAUGCACCAGCUGAAGAAGAGCAGCCGCCUCCAACAGCCCCUGAGCCUGCAGCCUUUGAUAAGGAUGCCUUGAAGAGACUAGCGCAGAGAGCAGCAGAGGGACCCAUUGAAGAUGAGCUACCUCCGCCACCACCACCAGAGCACAAGAAGCCACCUGCAGAAGAGACGGCAUUGGUUCCCGCCGAUCCGCCGGGCCCACCCGUUGCAGAAGUGCCAAUGGAGGAGGGAGCCGAAGCUAGUGAGGGACAGGAUGCCGAGACCAAUGGCAGCCUUCUCCUGCCAGCGCCAGAAGCCGAAGUGAAGAAAAAGGACUCCUCUUCGAUUGCAACGAUGUUGAGCUACGCGCAGCACAAUGUGGCGAAGGGCAAAGUGCCUUCGGACAAAGCUGUGGACACGGCUUCCUUGCAACAGGCAUUCACCAUCGGUGGUGGAGCAUCGGGCCACUUCAGCAUGAAGGGAGGAUUGAUGUUGUCACCCUUUGAUAGCCUUCUACACCGCCUGGAUGCAGCAGGUGCCGACCUCUCCUCCGAGGACCGCAAGGACCUCCAGCUGCAGAUCACGGCGCUGCUCCCGAAGCUCGAAGCACAGAAGGCGGCCGACCUGGUCUGCAAGCUGCAGACGGCCGAGGGUUGGGUGCCUCAGGAGCCGAGAUGGAACUGGAAGCUGGGUGAUUUUUGGGCAAAACCUUGGAAGCUUGACUGUUUAGGUUAG